AUGUCAACUACGACCUUGACAGAUUUGGCCUCCGAGACCCAGUUUGCCGGUCCCCUCUGGCUACGUGAGGGAGUUGGAGCCUUGUACGCUAAAGGCGAAGUCCACACCGGACCAUUCUCCAUGCCGCUUCUUCGUAUGGCCGGUCUGGAUAAACUUCCCACAACAGGACAAAUUUCUAUCUUGGACUUGUGUUGUGGAACCGGCAUUACAACUUACAACCUACAUCUACUCUUCAAGGAGCAAGGAAUACAAGACAAUGUAGAUUUGACAUGCGGAGACUUAUCCGCUGGACAGCUCCAGUUCCUGGACCGGCGGAUCAAAGAGAUGCAGUGGAAGAAGACAAAAACUAUACAGAUAAAUGCCCAGAAAACCAACCUACCAAGUCAUGUAUUUGACUACAUUACCUGCGUUUUUGGGCUCAUGGUUAUUCCAGAUUCUCAGGCCGCCUUGGAGGAAUGCUAUCGUAUGCUGAAACCAGGCGGUACCCUCGGUUGUGUAGUCUGGUACAAAGAACUCUGGAGCGACUACGUCCGCGAUGCUCUCUGCCAGCUACCCGGGCAUCCCAACUGGCCCGAAUCUUCGGACGAGUUAACCGACGCCUGGGCACAAGGACCCUGGUCUAACCCUCAUUACGUCCGCUCAAUGCUGCACCGCCGCGGCUUUGUUAAUAUCGAGAUGCAGACCAAGAGUAUAAUGAUAGAUUUCAAAAACGCAGAGGACUUUUAUGAAGUCUACGACGCGUUUAUCGAGUGGGUUACGGAUAGAUACUGGACGGAGCAAGAGAAGAAGCUUUGUCGGCCGUUAAUUAAGCCUGCUGUUGUUCGAUUCAUGGAAGACAAGUACGGAAAGAACAAACCGUUUGCGAUUGAAAAGAUUGCUAUUAUGGCUGCAGCUAAAACCCCUGCGUUGUAA